AUGGAGUUCAUGGAUAUUAUUGGCGAACUCCAGGCCCUCCCCGAUAACGUUCACAUCCUGUGUCCUCGACAACAUGACGACGACCACGGACGAUACGACGAUCCGAACGAAGUGGACGAGUCGGGAAAGCCCAUGGCGGACGUGAUAACAGCAGCGACGACUCGCAAGGAGAAGUUCCUGUCCUGUAUGCGCAUCUUAGCCUACAGCCAAGAAGAGAUCAAGGAGCUGCAGAAUUGGAUCUGGCGGAAACUGGACGACUCGCUCGAAAAAUGCGACCUCUGCAUCAAGAAAUACUACACGGGAAAAAUCUGGCUCAUGGAGCACCUGAAAGAGACCUACGAUGACGAGGAUAUCGAGCGGUUCGCGCGCAUGCUGGACGAAUGGGAUAUUAAACGGAUAACGAGGAAUCUGAUCACGGCGACGGAAAAGCUGAAAGCGGUUCCGCUGCAGGAGAUUGGAUUGCAUGUGUUGGAUCGGGCGUCGUUGCUGUCGAUCUUUGAGACGCUGAGUUGUGACGCUAUGUUGCGGAAUGAUGCGUUGUUGCAGCAGCAUUUCGAUGAGCCGUUUCGUUUGAUUCAGACGAAGCGGACCCUGAAGGUGUCGGAUUAUAUCCCUGCCGUGACGCGGUUCCUGUUUGAUCCCAAUCAGGGCCGCAGCUAUUGGGCGAUUAGCUCGUGGAUGCGGUAUUCGCGGCCUCCUUCGACGAUGGAAUUCGACUGGGCGGUUAAGGAGGGACUGCUGGAUGCGCUGCGGAUGGCGUCUCAGCAGCCCGCGCAAAUAGCGGUGAUUCAGAGACUUUGGCGCGGAAUGCAGCUGGUCGUUCGCCGCUUGGAUAAGGACCAAAUUACGCAUAACCUGCGCGCCCUUGAGAUCGAUCCGUGUCGCCUUUCAGUGGACCAUCUCGGAAUUCAAUCACCGGGAUUGAGGUUCUUGUUGAACACGAUUCAGAUUUUCCUGGAGAAAGCUCCAGGAGACUUUUGGGACGCCAUGCAAACGAUAUCACCGCAGGCUCUCAUCGAGGUUGUUUUCUACAACCCCCAACUGGAUACCUUCUUGAUGCAGGCCACCGAAGGCGAACCGUACGAAAAGUCCGCCAUGAAAGAUAUGCUGUCAUGGAUUACCCCUUUUAUGUCCUCCCUGAAAGGUGCGCAUCAGCCAUCGGCGUGUAGGUCUUUGGUGUAUCAGCUUCUCGAUCGCCUGCAAGACUCGCGCUUCCCCAAACUGGCCAGGUAUCAUUGUUUCCACGUCGGUUUGAUCAGCUUGCUCCAUACUCUGCGCAGCUUCACCGACCAUGAGUCUUCCAGAGGCUCCGUGGCGCGUAUUGUCCUGUCCGAGACAUUGGGCGUUGUGGGAGCCAAUAUCCGUGCGAUCCUUGAACCCCCUAAAUUUGACGUAGAGCAAGGGAAGCAGCAGGAGAUAUCCACACUAUGUAUGGAUGUCAUUCGGAAUACCCUAGCACUCGAGUGCCAGUCUCUCAGGAGUGACUAUGAAGUGAUCUUGCGGCAAAACACUCUUCAGCACGGGGUGAGUACAUAUUCGUCCACGAUCUGGGACGCGGUAGUAGGCCAUCUCCAUGAAGACAACCUGCCUCUCUCUACGUCGGCCCUACUCGGUAUACUGCCCCUAGUUGGCCUGGAGAAAUUUCCUACGAGGGGUGAUGCCAGUCAAGAAAAGACUCACUUCAACGUGAUCUAUGGACAUCUUACUCACUUGUCGUGUCAAAUAAUCGAGCGCCUUGCGGACUUUAAGCCUGAACACCUUGAUGAACUUUUCAAGAGCCAGGACACGAGCAGCGCUUUGAUUUCUGCACUUUUUGCCGCCGACCUCAACACCUAUCAAGCGGCUGUCGAUCUCAUCAAGAACGUCAGCGGCCAGUCCGCCAGAAGAGAUGCGAUUUCCCAUUUACUGCAGGCGUUCUUCUCGACAGCGAUGUACGGUCUCAGUUGGUCUUUCCGCCGGAUAUCGAAUAUGAAAACGUUUGCUUCGGCUCCUCGAAUGUUACAUACGGGAACAGACAUCGUGGAUAUCCUUUGCGACAGCCAAAAUGGCAUGCUCCGAACCCGCAAACUUGCUGAGCGGAGGGAGGUCCUCUCGCUGCAGAAGCUCUGGGAAUACUUAUGGCAGGCUUUGACUACUAUAUUCGAUCAGACAGAAUCUUGGCAUCUUCGAGGUAACGAUCGAUCCGUUAUGCUGGAGUUCUGUCGGGAUAGUAUUCAAUUCGCCGAUUUAUUAUUCGACCAGUAUGGCGUAUUCUUGAGUGCUGUUGGUGACGCAGACCCGAACAUGGAGCCCUCUGCGCGUGAGAGUUUCCUCAAAUCCCCGAGUACGACGAUGAGUGCAAUGGUUAGAUGGCUUCGACUUAAGGAUGAAUAUCUAGCCACCACCCUAGUGGGACUGGUGUCCAAACUUCUUCGGCGCCUGGGCGAGCUUAGUGUCACCGCUAUCAAAGACGAUGCCCUGAGGUUUAUCGAGAGUGUCGCCGUCACGUCGACCACGAAGACCAUCUUGACGUUGCGGGAGAAGGCAGAACUUGUUCGGGCGUUAGAGGCGUACUAUAAGAAACCCGUAGUAACCGCGUCGACCGCUAGUUUCAAGAAGCAGAGCAGCAUCACUGCAUUUGCUAAGCCCUCGGACGCUUCGGGUACCUCUGGUGCCUCGAAGACGCCGGAUGAGUACGGCGACGACUUACCGGAUGAUGUCCUGAUGGAGCUGUCUCGAUCGGUCGAGCUCAAUAAAGCACGGGUUGCCGCGGAGGCCAAAAAGAAGGCCGAGAAGGCCAAGGCACUUCCGGCGAUUCCUAAGCCUACUCCGGCCCCUGUGAACCCUGCUCUGACCGUUCAGUCUUUCCGUGAAAAGCGAGAGAGGGAACGAGAAGAGAAGAAGAAGCGCGACCUGGCAGCGCUGGCCCGCUAUAAGAAGAACGCCGGCGCGGCGGGCGUUGCUGAGCAAACCGCCGAACAAGGAUCCGGGUUGAGUGGCAUCGGCGUCAAGGGUAAAGACCACAGCCAUCCCGUGGAUAGCAUGAUGGUUUCCUCUGGGUCGGAAUCCGACUCGGAGAGCGAGGACGAGCUCGACAAGGAGCUCUUUGGCGCGAAGACGAAAAGCAAACCAGACGCCGUUAGAGCGUACGAGGAAAGCAAACGGCUGGCGCUCAAGCACCAGGGCCCGGUCAAGAAGGUCCGGCAAGUGCGCUCUGCGAAGGACAUGCGAGCGCGGUUGGCACCGGAUCUGUCCUCGCUGCAUCGGACCAUCCUCGCCUGGGACUUUUUCGCAAACGGCGACCUGCCGCCCAACUCUGGGCGAACUGAUUACAGCUUUGUUUCCAACGCUUUCAGGGAUCCUAUUGAGUAUCAGAAGACGUUUGAGCCGCUUUUGACCUUGGAAGCUUGGCAAGGGUUCCAGUCAUCAAAGGAAGAGAACUCGUUUAAGACGUUUGAAAUCAAGGUCGCCACCCGUUUGUCCGUGGAUUCGUUUGUUGAAGUCAGCACGGUUCUACCGGCGAUGGAAGCUAAGGACUACGGUCUGGGCGAGGCAGAUAUCGUGCUUCUGUCAAAGGCAGAGGCCCCAACUUCGAAUCCGUCCGCUCCUCAUUGCCUGGCUAGAGUCUCCGGGAUCAAUAGGAAGAAGGGCACUGUAGAGGUGUCUUACAGAGUCAACCCUGGCAACGCCUUCAUCAAUGCUCUUGCUCCGGGUGCAACGAUUCAUGGUGCGAAGAUUACAUCUCUAACGCCGCUUGAGCGUGAAUACGGCGCGCUUAUGGCCUUACAAUAUUAUGAUCUUUGUGAAGAGAUCGUGAAGGCCAAGCCGUCGCCCCUUCUUAAUUACUCCGAUUCCAGUCUAAAACCCAUCGCGGAUAACUAUAACGUGAAUUCCGCCCAAGCCAAAGCAAUUAAAUCCGCUCUGGAUAAUGACGCUUUCACCCUUAUUCAAGGUCCUCCGGGAUCCGGAAAGACAAAGACCAUCGUUGCCCUUGUGGGUGCUCUCUUGACCAAUGUCCUCGGUGACCAGGGCGUAGCAAUCUCGCGGCCGACGGCCAUCCGCGGCGCGCGACCUCCCGCAAGAACCACUACGUCGAAGAAGCUACUUGUGUGCGCGCCCAGUAAUGCGGCCGUUGAUGAAUUGGUCAUGCGUUUCAAGGAAGGCGUUAAAACGGUGCAAGGGCGCCAUGAGAAGUUGUCGGUUAUCAGAUUGGGAAGAAGCGAUGCUAUUAACACGAACGUCAAGGACGUGACCCUGGAUGAACUUGUGAAUGAGAGAUUGAAUCAGAAAUCCGGAAAGGACUCCGGUGAAGUCGACCUCCAGAAAAUCUACAUGGAGCACAAAUCCGCCGAUACCGCCUUCAAGGAAACUCGCUCGAGGAUCGACCAAUGCAGAGCGCAGGGCCUUCCUGUUCCGGCCGAGCUGGAACGGGAAUUCGACUUGCUCAAGAAGAAGAAGACCCAGCUGAGCCAACAGAUCGACAAUGCUAGAGACAAGAACCAUUCAGCGGCGCGUGAUGCCGACUUGAACCGGCGACGGAUCCAGCAGGAGAUCAUCGAAGGCGCCCAUGUCAUCUGUGCGACACUCAGUGGAAGUGGUCACGAUAUGUUCCAGAAUCUGAGCAUUGAGUUUGAGACGGUCGUUAUCGAUGAGGCGGCACAGUCGAUUGAAUUGAGUGCCCUCAUCCCGCUGAAGUACGGCUGCUCUAAAUGUAUCCUGGUUGGUGAUCCCAAACAGUUGCCGCCCACUGUCUUGUCGACAGUCGCUUCGAAAUUCCAGUACGAACAAAGUCUGUUCGUCCGAAUGCAGGCCAACCACCCGCGAGAUGUACAUCUUUUGGAUAUCCAGUACCGUAUGCAUCCGCAAAUCAGUGCUUUCCCCAGUUUCGCCUUCUACGACGGCAAACUGCAGGAUGGUCCGGACAUGGGUAAGCUUCGGACGCGUCCUUGGCAUCAAAGCCAGCUCCUCAGUCCGUACCGAUUCUUCGAUGUGCAAGGUCUUCAUCAGAGCGCAGCUAAGGGACACUCUCUGGUCAACUUGGCUGAAUUGAGGGUGGCAAUGCAAUUAUACGAACGUUUGAUGAGCGACUUCCAAGGCUACGAUUUCGCUGGAAAGAUCGGCAUUAUCACCCCUUAUAAGGGUCAACUUCGAGAGCUGAAAACGCAUUUUGCGGCUCGAUACGGCAAUUCUAUCUUCAACAUGAUCGACUUCAAUACCACCGACGCUUUCCAAGGUCGAGAGAGUGAGAUCAUUAUAUUCUCCUGCGUUCGAUCUUCCAACAAGGGAAUUGGUUUCUUGUCCGACAUUCGUCGUAUGAACGUCGGAUUGACGCGUGCCAAGUCGUCUCUCUGGGUUCUUGGUAACUCUAAGUCCCUGGUGCAGGGAGAGUUUUGGAACCGUUUGGUCAAGGAUUCCCGCCGAAGAAACGUCUACACAGAUGGUGAUGUCUUGAAGGCCCUCCAACAGCCUCAGUUCACCGGCUAUAACAACGUUGAGAUGAUGGACAUGGACGCUCCGGGGUCGAAGACCCCUCUUGGGGUGGGAUCGGUGGGAUCGGUCUCUCGACCAUCCUCCGUCUCUCUCGAUAACCUUCCCUCUGACUCCCCCUCGGUGUCUGCCUCCGGGAGAGGUACCCCACCCAUGCCACUCCCGGAAGGUCCGUCAGGAGGCCACAAUGGCUUGGAUGAGACUCGCAUGUGCGGCAAGUGUGGCAGCUUUGAACACAUGACCCACAAUUGCGACAAUAUCGAGGCAAGGGAGGCAACCCAAGGCACGUGCUUCAGGUGCGGGCAAUCGGGACAUACACGUAUCAUGUGCACGGCAGAGCGAUGCGUGCAGUGUGGCCAAUUCGGACAUCUCGCCGCCGCCUGCAACGCGGCCAAGCCCCUGUCAAAGUUCGAAAAGGGGAAGAUUGCGCGGGAGGAGAAUAACCUGGCUCAUAUGCAGAAGCAGAGAGCCGAACGCCAGCGUGCCAAGCAACUCGGGGGACAUGACCCUAAGGUUCCGUCGAUCCAGGUGACCACGGGCUCGGAGGCCAAUAAAUCGAUCGAGCAGCCCAGCAAAUCGGUCGAUUCCAGCAAAGGCUCGAUCAAACGCAAACGUUCAAAUUCGCCACCUGCUGAUGCCCCGAGUGGUCCCAAACGCAGGGGCGAUCUAAAUACUCCGCCGAAUGCCCCUAAGGGUCCACGGCGCGGGAAGCUCGAUGCCAAUAUUCCAACUAGGCCCGAUGGUCUAGGACUAGUCAAGCCAUCUCGGGAUGGGCCGGCGUAUGCCCCUAUGAAGCAGAAGAAACCUGCACCUCCAAGCGGCCCAGCUGCGGGCUCCGCAUCGACCGAUGGGCUUGUCAUAUACCUUCGAUUCGAAGAGAAAGGGUCGGAUGACCUACUGACCUACCUAUGA